AUGGCGAGAAUUUGGGUCUUUCCACUGGGAACCAUCUGCAGCUCCAGGACUUUGCUCUUGCUCUUUUGCAUCCUACUGAUCCAGGGGCUCUGUGGACAGAGCAGCCCGAUCUCCAACACUCAUCAGAGGUUUCGCCCCGCUCCGGGGCUGGGAGACGGGCAUGGAGGGGUGGUGGAUCCUUCACUGCUGGAGCAGGUCGACAACAUGAACAUGCAGAGCUUGCUGGAGAGCCUGAAGGAACAGUUUCUGCGGAGUUUCAACCUGUCUGGCUUAGGUUCCCCUCCGCUGCAUCCUGGAGGCACUCGAGAAGAGCCACCUGAGUAUAUGAUGGAGCUCUACAACCGUUUCGCUAAUGACCGUACUGCCAUGCCCACCGCAAACAUCAUCCGCAGCUUCAAAAAUGAAGAUUCAUCUCCCAGUGUUGUGGGUGUUGGAGGGGUAAGGUGUCACCCACUCCUCUUCAAUGUGUCGGUCCCACAUCAUGAACGCAUCACAGCGGCCGAGCUUCGCCUCUACACACUUGUCCAGACUGACCGCCACCUCUACGCUGGUGUCGACCGCAAGGUCACUAUCUACGAACUGGAAUUGUAUGUCGGAGAUGACAACAUGACCGAUGAGAACACUGUGAGAGGUGAUGGAUUCAGAGGGGGAGGAGAGCGGAUAGAGCUGGCGGAGUUGGCUUCACGUCAGGUCUACGGCACCGAUAACGGCUGGGAGGCCUUUGACCUCACUGCUGCUAUUCAACGCUGGCGCAAAUCUGACCAUGACACCACGCACCGGUUGGAAGUGCACAUUGCCAGCAUGGCUAAUGAAGACAAUGUUCAAGGUAUGACAGAGGACAACAAAGACUCAGCUGAAGGAGACAUGAAGAUUGACACCAGCCCUGAGGAAAAACACAAACCUCUGCUGAUUGUUUUCUCUGACGACCAAAGUAGCGAUCACCGUGAUGACAAGCGCGAGCUGAACGAGAUGAUCGACCACGAAACCUCCGACAUUGUUCUCCAGAAUGACUUGGGGAUGGGUCUGAAUGGGCUGUGGGGGGAGCUGGGGAGGGACAGGGAUGAGGCGGAUGAAGAAGCAGAGCCAGAUGAAGAGGACCUCAUCCAAAUGCGCUCCAAUCUGAUCUACGACUCAGCGUCCCGCAUCCGUCGCAAUGCCAACAGGAACCACUGCAAGAAACAAUCUCUGUACGUGGAGUUCAAGGAUAUUGGAUGGGACAGUUGGAUCCUGGCACCCACUGGUUAUGAUGCCUUUGAGUGCACUGGCAUUUGUUCCUUCCCACUGACAAAGCAUGUCACACCCACCAAGCAUGCCAUUGUCCAGACAUUGAUUAACAUCCACAGUCCUCAGAAGGCGGCACGAGCUUGUUGCGUGCCCACCAAGCUGGACCCCAUCUCCCUGCUGUACUUAGAUGACACAGGCGUGGUCACCUACAAGUACAAGUUUGAAGGCAUGGUGGUGGCAGAGUGCGGCUGCAGAUAG